AUGCCCCAUGCACAGAGCAUUCAAGUCGACGUCUGCCUUUCGAAUCCCAUCCCGGCCUCUUUCAUGAGAGGCGGUACGUCCAAAGGUAUCUACCUGAACCGCGCAGACCUCCCUGGUGAUACCGCCCAAUGGGACCCCAUUUUCCUGGGCAUCAUGGGCUCGCCCGACCCCAAGUACGGCAGACAACUCAACGGCAUGGGUGGAGGCGUAUCGAGUCUCUCCAAGGUCUGCGUCGUCGGCGCGGCGUCGGAAGAGCAGCGCGCCGCGGGGAUCGACGUGGAGUACACCUUCGCCCAGGUGGGCAUCCGCGACGAGCUCGUCGACUACUCCGGCAACUGCGGGAACCUCUCCAGCAUGAUCGGCGUGUUCGCGCUCGACGAGGGCCUCUGCGCGCUGCGCACGGUGGACACGUCCGCCCGCGUGCCGACCGCGACGGUGACUGCGUGGAACACGAACACGCAGAAGCGCAUCGACGCGACGUUCCCCGUCUCGUUGGACGACGGGCAGCCGACCGCUCUGCUCGACCUGGAGGAGGAGACUAUGGCUGGUGUGUCUGGGAAAGCAUCCAGGAUCACGCUGGACUUCGUCUCGCCCGGUGGUGCGCGCACGGGCAAGCUGCUCCCGACGGCGCAGCCUGUAGACACCGUUCAGUUCGCAUCCGGGGGCGGCGCGGCGGCCGUGCCCAUGUCUCUCGUGGACGCCACGAAUCCGACCGUCUUCAUCACCGCAGACGGCUUGCGUGCUGCGGUGCCGGACACGACUGCAUCUGACUACACGAGCGUCCACAUCCAGCUCGCCGUGGAACAACUUCGUCGCUUGGGCGCGGAGCGCAUGGGGCUCGACCCGGAGGCGGAGGCGCAGCCCAAGAUCGCCAUUCUCAGCGAGCCCGCAGCGGACGACUCACAGGCGGACAUCGUCGUGCACGCGUACUCCAUGGGUGUGCUGCACAAAGCAGUCCCCAUGACGCUGGGCUUGUGUCUGGGCGUCGCUGCGGGAGUGGAGGGCUCGAUCCCCUGGCAGAUCGCUCGUGCACGCGGAGCACAGAUAUCGACGACCACGGGCGAUAGCAUGGUUAGGAUCAGGCAUCCGGGCGGCGUUGUAACUGUGGGGGCAGCGAGGAAGGACGGCGAGGUGUCGAGUGCAAAGGUAGUCCGCACGGGCAGGAGACUCAUGAAGGGUGUUGUCUGGUGGUAA